AUGGCCGACAAAGUGCCAACAAUCAAGAUUGUGCCACUAGGAGCUGGUCAGGAUGUAGGACGAUCGUGUAUUCUGAUCACUAUUGGUGGAAAAAAUAUAAUGGUCGACUGUGGAAUGCACAUGGGAUAUCAAGACGAUCGCAGAUUCCCUGAUUUCUCAUACAUCGGAGGUGGAGGUCGAUUAACAGAUUAUCUUGAUUGUGUCAUUAUUUCACAUUUCCAUCUUGAUCACUGUGGAAGUCUGCCUCAUAUGAGUGAAAUUGUGGGAUACGAUGGCCCGAUUUACAUGACUUAUCCAACAAAAGCAAUUUGUCCAGUUCUUUUGGAAGAUUAUCGGAAAGUUCAAUGCGAUAUAAAAGGAGAAUCAAACUUCUUCACCUCAGAUGAUAUCAAAAAUUGUAUGAAGAAAGUAAUCGGAUGUGCACUUCACGAAAUAAUUCAAGUGGACGAUCAGCUUUCGAUUCGUGCUUUCUACGCAGGCCACGUUCUGGGAGCAGCAAUGUUCGAAAUCCGUCUUGGUGAUCAUUCAGUUCUCUACACAGGCGACUAUAAUAUGACACCUGAUCGACAUCUCGGAGCAGCCCGUGUUCUUCCAGGAGUUCGUCCAACAGUUCUCAUCUCAGAAUCCACCUAUGCAACAACUAUUCGAGAUUCGAAAAGAGCCAGAGAACGAGAUUUUCUUCGAAAAGUUCACGAAACUGUGAUGAAAGGAGGCAAAGUUAUAAUUCCAGUCUUCGCAUUGGGUCGAGCACAAGAACUUUGUAUUCUUCUGGAAUCCUAUUGGGAAAGAAUGGCGUUGUCUGUUCCAAUCUACUUCUCCCAAGGACUUGCAGAACGUGCUAAUCAAUACUAUCGCCUAUUCAUCAGUUGGACGAAUGAAAAUAUCAAAAAGACGUUUGUUGAGAGAAAUAUGUUUGAAUUCAAGCAUAUCAGACCAAUGGAAAAGGGUUGUGAAGAUCAACCCGGACCACAAGUUCUUUUCUCAACACCAGGAAUGCUUCACGGUGGACAAUCACUGAAAGUGUUCAAGAAAUGGUGUGGUGAUCCACUGAAUAUGAUCAUUAUGCCGGGAUAUUGUGUGGCUGGAACAGUCGGAGCUCGAGUGAUUAACGGAGAGAAAAAGAUUGAGAUUGAUGGAAAAAUGCAUGAUAUUAAGCUUGGUGUCGAGUACAUGUCAUUCAGUGCACAUGCAGAUGCGAAGGGAAUCAUGCAAUUGAUUAGACAAUGUGAACCACAGCACGUCAUGUUCGUUCAUGGAGAAGCUGAGAAAAUGGAGUUUUUGAAAGGAAAAGUGGAGAAAGAAUACAAAGUUCCAGUCCAUAUGCCAGCAAACGGAGAAACUGUUGUGAUAACUGCACAACCGAAGCUAGAUAUAAAAGUUCCUUUAGAGAAAAUCGACAGAAGCCUGAGUCUCGAUCCAAAUCCAUCAAAACUCGAAUGUCCGUUUGUCGCUGAAAUCGUUUACGACCAAGCGAAUGAAAACCUUCAUAUUCUAUCUACCGCUGAAUCAGAAGAUCUCGCUGAAGAUGCGGACUGUGUUCCAAUCACUCUGUCAUUGUCAGAAAUCAUCAAAGUUAACAGAAUUGACUGGAAUGUUCUUGCCAAAGAACUACUCAUAUAUGAUCCUCACUUACAACAAAAAGAAGAUGGAAUUGAGAUGUUUCACGGAGAAAUCACACUCGUUGCAACCGAUUCUGAAGACGUUGAACUCGAACUCAUCUGGGAUGAAUGUCGUGAACACUGGUUCAAAAUUAUUCAUCAGGCGAUUCUCACUAUUAUGACGCCGGAAAACUCUCCACCGUCCACCCCUGUCAUUCCUGUUAACGCGUAA